UCAGAGUCACUGGAAACCAGCCCAGCGGAAAAAGUUUUGUGAGGCCAAAGAGAAUCUGCCACCAUGAAGACUCUCAUGAUCCUUGCCGUCCUGGUUGUCUACGGAAUGUUCAUGGUCCAGGGGAGCCUGCUGGAGUUCCAGGAUAUGAUUAAGAAGGUCACUGGGCGGAACGCCGUGCCCGACUACUCUACCUAUGGCUGCCACUGCGGCUGGGGUGGCAGAGGGACGCCCAAAGAUGCCACAGACCGCUGCUGUGCGACCCACGACUGCUGCUACAAAAGGGCGGAGAAGAGAGGGUGCCGCAUCAAAACCGAUCGGUACAGAUAUUCAUACAGCUCCGGCACCGUCACCUGUGGUGGGGGAACCUCGUGUGAGAGGAUGCUUUGUGCUUGUGACAAAGCAGCUGCCUACUGUAUGCGGAGCAACCUGAGGAGCUACAAUGACAGAUUAAAAUACUUCCCAAACUGGCAGUGCUCAGGAAGAGAUCCCUCCUGCUGAGAACCCCCUCUCCCGGGAGAGGAGGCAGAGUCGAGAGGACCAGCUAUCAGAGGCUCCAGGUCCCAGCCGGCUCUGCACCCUCGAGUAUUCCCCUUUGGCGAUUCCCCAAUGGUGAUCCCCCACUGAUGAUCCCAAGGAUUCAGUUCUACUUCAACCAGGCUCCCCUGAAAUCCAAUCCCACUCCUUCCUUUCUGUGACUGUUUUUGAAGCCAGGAGAUUUGCCUUUUGGGGUUGGGGUAGCGGGGACCGGUUUCCAAGCAUGACCCUGAGGAACACCCUUGCCAUCAAGCCUCACCCCUACCUCCCUCUCCCUUCCCCUUCUACCUCUCUGUACAGUGUCUUUUCUCGAAAUAAAAUCACAGAGCAGCA